CGCACAUAUCCAGUGAUGGCACCAGGUGGGAGACGUCGUUCGGAUACUGGAUCUACCCCUUCCACCCGUGAUGCGGCGGAGACAAUAUCGCUAUCACAUGUUGCAUCACAGGCGUCUGAUCCCUCAAUCGUUCAUACACCGAGCACUGCAUCAUCGUCGACCAGCCGACGAGGACGUGGACCCACGCGUGGGUUAGUUUUACAGAGACUUACGCGUGAGGGUAGGGUGACAGUAGAGUUCCCACAGGACUGCCUUAGACCUGUUGGGGACAAUGCCAGGUUGUUUACAUCGGAGGUCGGUGUCUUAUGUCGAUCUCUGAUCCCUACCACCACCCCCCGUUGGGUAGACGUGACAGAUGAUGUGCGGCAGCACAUCCGUCAGCGCCUUACGGAUAAAUUUGUCUUGGAUUUGAGUGUUCCGUACAUUUCUCAUGCCGUCGACGACAUGAUCAAGGAGCGGUUUAAGGAGUACCGCAGUGAUUUACACCAGCGGUACAAGCGGUGCAGGAGCCUCGAGGAGGCCGUAUUGACCGCACCGCCGCACGUGACCAUUGACGAUUGGCGGAUACUCUGUGAGAGAUUUUCGUCUGAGUCUUUUCAGAAGAGGAGCAAAAUAAAUUCUGCGAACAGGGGAAAGUUGGAAGUGAACCACAUAGCUGGUUCAAAGUCAUUUGUACAACUUCGUCGCGACAUGCGAGAUUCCGUCACUGGACAGGAGCCCGGACCAGUAGACUUCUAUAGAGAGACUCAUUGUCGGCAGGCGACGGGAUCUUGGGUACAUCCUACAACCAGCGAGAAUUGGGCGGCGAUGGACGCCAUACGCAGUCAGCCCACUCCCGAUGGUACUCAGCGGAGUGAGCCAGAGAUCCUGAGCGAGGUGCUUGGCACACGUUCUGGAUAUGUGUGUGGAAUUGGCCAUGAUGUCAAGCUCAUGACACCCGUUAGAGCUAACUCCAGUCGAUCCCUUGCUGGUGAGAGGGCCCUACGCCGAGCUGAUAUCGCAGAGAAAGAGGUUCAACAUCUACGGGGCGCCGUCGACGAGAUCAAAGACCAAUUGGAGAUAUUACAGGUUCUCGCUGCACGCUUACCCAUCAAUGCCCUACCACCUCCGCCUUCAUCUUUGUGA